AUGUCUUUGCUAACUGAUGACCUGGUUGUGGAGAUUUUGUCUCGGCUACCGCUGAAGUCCUUUUGCCGCUUCAAAUGCGUCUGCAAGUACUGGCUUACCUUGUCAUCUAAUCCACACUACCGCAAGAAGUUCCCAAGAACUCCCGUUGGUAUCUUGUACCAAAUACCUCAGUAUGGCACUGGCAUCCAUCUCGCUAGGCUUCCCUCAUGCGACAAAGAAAUUGACACAACGCUUAGCUUUGUGCCAUGUUAUGAGUACCUAGAGCUUAAGGGUUGCAGCAAUGGCCUACUUCUUUGUUAUCAUGGUGGUAUCACAACAUAUUUCGCAGACAUAUCCCAUGUUAUUGUGUGCAAUCCAGCAACUCAAGAGUGGAUGUCACUUCCAAAUACUGAACCUGGACCGGCAGACUGUGAUUAUGAUCUCAUGCUGUGUUUUGAUCCAUCAUGGUCUCAACACUUUUAUGUCUUCAGCUUCCAGUCUGGGUCUUCCAUGGAUGGUGAAGUCUAUAAUGAAGUUAAGAUAUUUUUCUCCGAGGAUUUCACAUGGUCUAGUUGUCGCUGGAAAAGUGAGAUAGGAUUUUAUGGUAGUUCAUGCUUUGUGAACGGGGUACUCUAUGUGGGGCAUAUAUGGGAGCAUGUCCUUCUGGCAAUCGAUGCACCCGGCACUACCAGAAUAAUUGUUGCUGCCGACGGCUUUAUCUACGCCGACGGCCCCCGUCGGCAUAGAUGA